UGUCCGAGAGAGCCCUGCGGGAAAACGAAACCCAGGGGUGAAAGCAUCGGACUCCGAGCUCUCACCAAGCCGGGCAGCCAUGGACGUGUACCGCACCCCUGCCACCGAACUGGACAAGCUGGUGGCCCGCAACCUGCAGCCGUCGGGGGAGUUCGUGGGGGCCACGCGGCGCGCACUGGGCGCCCUGGACACGGCCCUGAGGGAGCGCAGGGCCGGCCCAGGAGCCGCUAACCUGCCGCGGGUGCUGAAAACCGCCAAGGGAGGUUCCUUUGGCCGAGGCACAGCUCUCAGGGGUGGCUGUGAUUUUGAACUUGUCGUUUUCCUCGACUGUUUCAAGAGCUUUGAGGACCUGGGGACCCGCCGUGCAAAGGUCCUCGAGGACAUGCAGGCUCUGCUGGAAUCCUGGUGGCAGCCCCAAGUCCCUGGUCUGAGACUUGAGUUUGCUGGGCAGGGCAUGUCCGGGGCACUGCAGUUCCGACUGGCAUCUACAGAUCGUGAAAACUGGAUGGAUGUUAGCCUGGUGCCCGCUUUUGAUGUCUUGGGGCAGCUCACCUCCAACAGCAAACCCAAGCCCCAAGUCUACUCUACUCUCCUCAAUAGUGGCUGCCAGGAGGGUGAGCAUGCAGCCUGCUUUGCUGAGCUGCGGAGGAACUUCAUGAACACUCGCCCAACCAAGCUGAAGAACCUGAUCCUGCUUGUGAAGCACUGGUACCGCCAGGUGUGUGCGCAGCAGGCAAAGAAGGAGAUGCUGCCCCCGGUCUAUGCCCUGGAGCUGCUGACCAUCUUUGCCUGGGAGCAGGGCUGCAAGGAGGAUGCCUUCAGCUUGGCCAAAGGCCUCCGGACUGUCCUGAGCCUGAUCCAACAGUACCAGCACCUCUGUGUCUUCUGGACCAUCAACUACAGCUUUGAGGACCCUGCUGUUGGGCAGUUCUUGCAGAGACAGCUUAAAAGACCCAGGCCUGUGAUUCUGGACCCAUGUGACCCCACAUGGGAUGUGGGGAAUGGGGCCGCCUGGCACUGGGAUAUGCUAGCCCAGGAGGCAGAGUCCUGCUAUGACCAGCCAUGCUUUCUGCAGGGGCCUGGAGCCCCUGUGCAGCCCUGGCAGGUGAUGGGCCUUCCGCAUGCUGGGUGCUCAGGUUUGGACCACCACAUCCAGCGAGACCCUAACCCGGGGACACUUGAAGACUGCAAGAUCCUUGAUCCCAGGCAUCUAAGGGCAAGGAGUAAACCACCCUCAUCCCCAGCUCCUGUCCCUUCAAGGACAGCCAGCAUUGCCCCCUCUAUGUCCAGGACAGUCUCAGAUCUGUCUCAGAUCCCCACCAAGGAGUUGGACCGCUUUAUCCAAGACCACCUGAAGCCAAGCCCCCAGUUCCAGGAGCAGGUGAAAAGGGCCAUCGAUGUCAUAUUGCGCUGCCUCCGUGAGAACUGUGUUCACAAGGUCUCGAGAGUCGGCAAGGGGGGCUCAUUUGGCCGGGGCACAGACCUAAAGGGCAGCUGUGAUGUCGAACUCAUCAUCUUCCUCACCUGCUUCACCAACUACAAGGACCAGGGGACCCGCAGUAGGGAGAUCCUUGAUGAGAUUCGGAUGCAGCUGGAAUCUUGGUGGCAGCUCCAGGUCCCCAGCCUGAGCCUUAGUUUUCCUGAGCAGAAUGCUCCUGAGACGCUGCAGUUCCAGCUCAUGUCCACGGCCCUGGAAAGCCGGAUAGAUGUUAGCUUGCUGCCUGCCUUUGAUGCCGUGGGGCCGCCCAACUCUGGCAACAAACCUAAUCCCCAGGUCUACUCAACCCUCCUCAAAAGUGGCUGCCGGGAGGGUCAGCAUGCAGCCUGCUUCGUGGAGUUAAGGAGGAACUUUGUGAACACCCGCCCAGUCAAGCUGAAGAACCUGAUUCUGCUCGUAAAACACUGGUACCACCAGGUUGCAGCUCAGAACAAAGGAAAAGGGCCAGCCUGUGCCUCUCUGCCCCCAGCCUAUGCCCUAGAACUCUUGACCAUCUUUGCCUGGGAGCAGGGCUGUGGGAUGGACCGUUUCAACAUGGCUGAAGGCCUCCAGACUGUCCUGGGGCUUGUCCAAAAUUAUCAGCAUCUCUGUGUCUACUGGACAGUCAACUAUAGCAUUGAAGACCCAGCUCUGAGGACACAUCUUCUUGGCCAACUUUGGAAAUCCAGGCCCCUGGUGCUGGACCCUGCUGACCCCACCUGGAAUGUGGGCCAGGGUAGCUGGGAGCUGCUGGCCCAGGAAGCAGCAGCACUGGGGACACAGACCUGCUGUACAAGUAGAGAUGGAACACCUGUGCAGCCCUGGGAUGUGAUGCCAGCGCUCCUUUACCAAACCCCAGCAGGAGACCUUGACAAGUUCAUCAGUGAAUUUCUCCAACCCAACCGCCAGUUCCUGACUCAAGUGAACAAGGCUGUGGAUACCAUCUGCUCAUUCCUGAGGGAAAACUGCUUCCAGAAUUCUCCCAUCAAAGUGAUUAAAGUGGUCAAGGGUGGCUCUUCAGCCAAAGGCACAGCUCUACGAGGCCGCUCUGACGCUGAUCUAGUGGUGUUCCUCAGCUGCUUCAGUCACUUCACCGAGCAGGGGAACAAGCGAGCUGAGAUCAUUUCAGAGAUCCGAGCCCAGUUGGAGGCAUGUCAGCGGGAGCAGCAGUUCGAGGUGAAGUUCGAGGUCUCCAAAUGGGAGAAUCCCCGUGUGCUGAGCUUCUCACUGACAUCCCGGACAAUGCUGGACCAGAGUGUGGACUUUGAUGUGCUGCCAGCCUUUGAUGCCCUAGGUCAGCUGGUCUCCGGCUCUCGGCCUGGCCCUCAGGUCUACGCUGACCUCAUCCACAGCUACAGCAACGCAGGCGAGUACUCCACCUGCUUCACAGAGCUGCAGCGAGAUUUCAUCAUCUCUCGCCCCACCAAACUGAAGAGUCUGAUCCGGCUGGUGAAGCACUGGUACCAACAGUGCAACAAGAUGCCCAAGGGAAGAGGCUCCCUGCCCCCCCAGCAUGGGCUGGAGCUCCUGACAGUGUACGCCUGGGAGCAGGGUGGACAGGACCCCCAGUUCAACAUGGCUGAGGGUUUCCGCACAGUCCUGGAGCUGGUCACCCAGUACCGCCAGCUCUGUAUCUACUGGACCAUCAACUAUGAUGCUGAGGAUGCGACUGUUGGAGACUUCCUGAAAUGGCAGCUUCAGAAACCCAGGCCCAUCAUCCUGGAUCCGGCUGACCCGACAGGCAACCUGGGCUGCAAUGCCCGCUGGGACCUGCUGGCCAAGGAAGCUGCAGCCUGCACAUCUGCUCUAUGCUGCACAGCCCGGGAUGGCACCCCCAUCCAGCCAUGGCCAGUGAAGGCUGCUGUGUAAAGUACAGAAAAUCAGUGGUCAUACUGGAUGGACAGAAGAUAGACACCAGCCCUCAGCAUGAGGAGACUCAGGGUGCCCUGCCAGAUGAACGUGUGUGUGUGUUUCAGUGAAACCACUUUCCCUGCUCACAUGUUCACACAUGUCUCUGUGGCCUGUGCAUAGGGCUCUGGAUUCCAUGGUUUGGCACCAGCCUGCACUUGUGGCUUCUCUACCACCCCAUUACUCUGUCCUCAUGCCACAACUGCUGCGUUCUGCCCCUGCUGAGAAUGCCCCUCUCCUCCCUGACUUCUCUCUGCCCAUCCAAACAAGCUCACAUCCUUCCUCCUGCCACAACCCAUCCUUACUUACCAAUGACCUUUCUCAAACCCAAACACUUUUUAUAGAGAUGGCAGAGUUUCCAUCUUAUUUAUCAGCCACAAUCAUUUUUGGCACUAGCUACCUAGAGCCCUAUGUUCUGGAGGAUUUUAAGGAAUGGACACUUAGUUGAGAAGAAUGACCUAAUCAAUUAGUGAUGUCUGCCAUGGAUGCUGUAUAGCAAUGUGGUGGUAUGCAUGCUGUGAUUGAUUAGCAAUGUCUGGACUAGAUGCCAAAAGGAGAAGAUGCUCACAGGCUUGCAGUGUUGGAGGAUGGGGGGCAUUGAGAAACUCUGAGCUCAGUUGCCAACAGGACAGCAUGCCCAGAUCUGCUUGUUUUCUCUUCCACAGACGCAGAGGGAGGGAUUGGGGGCAUGCAUGCUUUGGGGACUAUCUUGUGGGGCACCUACCUGGCUGCCUUUGCAUCAAAGGCCUCCUUUUCUUCACCUGGCCUGCUGCACUCCUUUUCCAGUUUACACAUCUUGAUGCCAUGGCUCAGUUUGCCUUCUUAAAUUUAUACUGGUUGCUAUUUUCUCUCCUAACCUGCUGGAAUGCCACCAAUAGGAUUAUUCCUCUUCAGAGCCUAAACCUGAGCCAAUGACCAAACAGUGGUGCUCAACCUGUUUCCCUCUGCCCUCCAGGGCGGAUUCACGACACUCAUACAGGAGUAGCUUUUGACCUCAAGUCCAAUGACCUUAUCCACAUUAGUUAGGGCUCAGCCCAGAAACAGGAAGCACUCUGGGAAUCUUAAGCAGAAUGGGAUUUUAUCUAAAUCAUGGGACAAGAAGCAGAAGGCAGGGGCCACAACUGGACUAUUGGUUUUAAGAUUAUACCACAGUGGCCAAAUUGAAGGCAGAGAGCUGCUGCUGCUGCUGCAAACACCAUCACUGCCCACAUGUACAGAGCUGGUGUCCAGCCCCAAGGACAUGAACUCCUACGGCCACAAACAUUCUCAGGGUUUGUCAGCUUCCAGAGAAGCAGAAAGAUGGUGUCCACCUACAUUUCUUAGCAGAAUUCUGGCUGCAGAGGAGCCUAAGACCUGUGUGAUUAGUCUCCCAUCAACACAGGGAAGAGUGGAUGCCAAGUACCACGGGGCAGGGACCAGAGCAGCAUCCGCAGCAGAUGUGCCGUGACUGUUGGGUGGAUAAGGAAGCACUCCAUCCCAGAGAGAAGGAACAGGAAACAGAAAAGAGGCCAGUGGGCAUCCCCACUUUGCCCCCCAGGAGUGUCUUAGACAGCCUUACUCUCCAUGGACCACUGUUACAGCAUGCCUGCCAGGGCAAGAUGGAACGGGGUGGGGAAGGGCCUUCCCUCAUUGUCACCAUUCUUGGAGAGAGAACAGUGCCAAAGGGCAGCCCCUCUGCUCUACCCAGAGCCUGUCCCCUCCCCUCCUCAGCUCAUCUAAUGGAGACCAGAUGGGUGAAGAGCCAGAGGGCAAGGCCUCCUACUACCUGUGCCAUUUUGACAGCUUCCAUCCCUGUCCUCACUCUCGGUGCUGAACCAACACUGAGGGUGCUAUGGGUGUGAACAAAGUCUUCCUGGACUCACCUUGCCAACUGGCUGUGAAUUGGAGGCUGGAACUCUCAAGACCCAAAGUUUACCACUUGGAUUGGCCCUGGCUCCUGCCACACAUGUUACAGAGAACUCAGGGCAGAGACUUGUCCUACGAAGUUAUCCAGCAACAGAGUGGUCCUCAUCUAGGGGCAUCACAAGCCAUCCAUGCUCCUCCUGGUGGACUGCCUAGAGGGUUCUAAUUCAGCACUGCCCAUCCCCACUGCACAGACUCUGGAUGUCUUCCUUGAAGUGGCUCCAGAAUUAGAGUAAUUGUGAGAUGGUGGGAACUAGGUUGUCAAUGGGAUGGGGCAAAGUGGUCUCACUGAUCCCAGCAAGGGUAUAUAUCAUUCUAGUCCCUUAGUCUUUGAUGGUAGCCACCCUGGCAUUGGCAUAUUGGUCCCACAGUAACCAGUAAGAAGGACUUUAUGACUUUAUAUGUCAGUUCUCCCUACAUUGAUUUGUAUAAGACAAUCACUGUAAAAAUAACCCACAUGCACUUUUCUGUGGAAACAGACGAGCCAAAAGUAAAGUUCUUAUGAAAAAAUAUACCCACAAGAGAACCAGGAAAAUACAGAAAAAAAAAGAGUUCUGAGGAGGCAGCAGCUCUAGCCAAUAUUAAAACAUACUAUGAAUCCUCUAGUGCUUAAACAGUAUGGUGGUAGCACAUAAAUAAACAGCCCAGUGGAAA